CUUAUGUGCAUGUUAGUUACUACUAUCUUAUUCCUACUGUCAUAUAUAAGUGUCAGUUGUGUAGAGACACAGGUGUCAUGAUCGUAUUUGCAUAUAUUACUUUAUGGCAACUUAACCACCACUUGUUUCUAUAUAGAGGUUGCAUUCAGAUGAGGCAUGUGAGACGAGCAUGUCAUGAAUGCAGCGAGUGAAAGAGAUGAAAGAAGUGAGUGGGAGUGUCAGGUGAGGAGAGGAGAGCUUGUGUUGUGUAGGUGUGUUUGUGUGGGUGUAAGAUACCUGUACCUUGUGUGUGUGUUUGUUUUAUGCAUCAUUGUAUAGUGUGUAUGUACUGGCGUUUAUAUACGUGUGUGUGUAUUCUGGCGUUUAUGUACGUGCGUGUAUAUGUUGCGUUUAUGUAUAUAUGUUGGCAUUUAUAUGUUCAUACAGUAUGUGUAAAAAAUAUUACGUAGAACUGUACUUAAGAUAACACUAUCGUAAUCUUGAUAUGGUGGAAGGUGCCCAAUAAGGCGCUGAACCGUACUUGUUUAUCAUAGUACAACAGCCAGAAGUGGGUUACAACUCUUCCCUCAGAACAACUGCCGUGAAGGAGGGGAAGACUACGUUACUUUCAGCUCCUCGCACUGUUAGGUGUUUAGAGUAGGAAAAACUUAAUGGACGGAGACAGCGGCCAUGAGCGGGGAGGGAAGAAGGAGUUACUAAGAAGUAAGAAAAAGGACAAGAAAGAUAAAAAUAAAGACAAGGGUUAUGCAGCGCUAGGAGAGGAUAGUUCCCCCGACGAGAUGGACCAGUCAGAUACCAGGAGUCCACUAAAGCCCAAGAAGCCUAAAUCCUUCAAAUUCUUACAUAAACGAGAGAAAGAUAAAGAGGAGAAGGAGAGAGAGAAAGAGAGAGACCGGGAAGAGAGAAGAAGCGAUAAGGCCAGGGAUGACAGGAAGAGGGAGAAGGAAGAAAAGAGGGAAGAGAAGAAAAAAGAAAAAGAAGAAAAGAAAGGUGACAAGAGAAAAGAGAAAGAAGACAAAAAGGGCGACAAGAAGAAAGAGAAGGAGAAGGAAAAAGAAGAGAGAAAGAGAGAGAAGGAGGAGAAGAAAAAGAGUAAAAAAGACAAGAAGAAGAAACUGGAGGAGAUAUAUGAAGAGGAGUUGCCAGUGUUUGGUGUGCUACUUAACCUAGCAGUAGACAGAUGCCCAAGCCACGAUGGUGUUCACUUGCCUGUCAUCGUGCGCGAGUGUAUCGACUACAUUGAGGAACAUGGUCUACACUGUGAAGGUAUCUACAGACUAAGUGGAGUGAAGAGUAAAGUUCAACACCUCCGCCGUCAGUACAACUCGGGUGAUCCCGUCAGACUCACAGACCAGGAACCUCAUGUUGUUGCCUCGCUGUUAAAGCAAUAUCUCAGGGAAUUACCAGAACCGGUGCUAACAGUAGACAUGAUGCCACAUUUUGAAGACGUUGCGAUGAUUCCUAAUCCAGCAGAGCGAGCAGAGGCGAUGAGACAGCUGAUUGACAGACUGCCCACAGCCAACAGACUACUUGUUCAGUACAUGUUCAAACACAUGGGUCAUAUCAUUGCACGGGAGAGAGAUACAAAGAUGAAUUACCAAAAUGUCAGCAUUGUACUCUCUCCAACAAUGCAGAUCUCUCAUCGUGUCCUCAACGUUCUGUUCUUAAAUCAUCCUUAUCUCUUUGGUAAUGUAGUAAUCAAAAGAUAUGUCCCUCCCAUCCGAAGUACCGGCGGAGAACGAACAGUCGACCAGCUUAGGUCAGUGGCGGAGAUAGAAGAUGAGAUGAUGAAGCAGGAGUCACUUUUAGGUUAUCUUCACGCUCAAGUAGCUCGAGGAAAUGUGUCCAGGAAGAAAGAGGAGAGACUGUGGGAAGCUCAGAGAAUAGUCACCCUUCUGAAGAGAAAACUAAGAUCAGCGCAGAGAAGAGAAGAAGAGGAGAAACAAAGGGGAAGGAAUGGUGAAGGAAGAAAGGGUGAAUUAUCAGUUGAAUUUGAGAAAGAGUCUACCUCAGAAGAUUCCCAGAAGGACACAGACAUGGAGAGAGAAGAUAUAUCCUCUAAAGAAGCUGCGUCUGAUGACUCCAAGCACGGUAGUGAGAGUGAAAACAGUAGCGGACACUCUAGAAAAACAUCGAGAUCAGAAAACAAUGUGACGGUAGUGAGUGUGAGUGUAGAGUCUGAAAGUAGUACAGGUAAUGAGAAUGACAAACAAGGUAAUGAUGACAGUAGUAAAGAUGGAUCUCAUGUAACAACCACAACGGUACCUCUUCCUCCUACACAGCCACCCACAACGAUCCCGGCUCUGCCUAAACCGGUGUCGGCACGAACUGAAAGAAAUAAGAUGGCUCAGGCCUUACACAGUGACAACAGAGAACAGUCUACUGAGAAGUGUGUCCCAGUUCCAGUUGUUACGGAUGACAGUGGCAGUGUGGAAGUUGUGGAAGAGGCGGAAAGUGCUUUUCAGGAACCGAAAAUGAAUCUCAGAGACGAAGAACAACACGGACACAUAACUGUAAUCCAGGUUGGGGGAGGCAGUGGGGUAGUGGAAGAACACACUCACUCAGGUGCUCCUCGACUUGAUCACUCUCAGGUAUUGCUUAAUCAGAGGCCAGAAAUGAAAAGAUUAACUGUAGAUAAAGUUCCCCUGAGAGAGAGCAGAAGUUUGGAUGAUUCAAGAGCCAAAGGUGACAAUGAGUACUUGGCUCUGUUAACUCAAGAGGCCAUAGUUCAGGCACACCACGAGGAACUCUUGUCCAUGAACCACGAUCUGAUGCGUAAACUGCAGGCAGAGCGGGCCGAGAUCACCAGACUGAGGGAAGAAAUACAGGAGAUGCAGACCUUGUAUGGUUAUAGGACCUACUCGUACGACAGCAGUGAGAGUGAGGGUAGUGAGAGUGACGGGGAGAGCGACACCGAGGAAGAGAUGCAGAGUCAACUGUCUUCCGUCACCAAGAUCAAUGCUUCCCUUCAGGAGGAAAACUUUGCCCUCACACGGCGUAUACAGGAGGAGCGAGAAGCAGUGGUGCAUCUUCGUGUGCAGCUUCAACAGGCACAUUGGAAGUGUUUCCCUCAUCACUCCCCCAUAGCACCAGUCUGCUAGCUUGCAUUGCUUCCCACCAUUGUGAUAUUUCAUUGCCACAAGGUGGGAGUACGUCAUGGCUGUUAUUAGGAUAGAGUCUCCAUUACCUGAACUUGCAGAUGAUAAAUUGUAAGUAUUACUCAACAAGUUCAUGUCUUAAGAAUAUCUUUUGUAAUGAUAGGUAAUAAACUGGUGCAUAAGUCCCACGACACUUCACAGCUGUCUUAAUAAGUCUUGUUCUGAGGUUGUCUGUCUGUAUGUAUGUAUGUAUUUUCAUGACAUAAUGUAAAUUUUUCAUAUAUCAUUUUCAGAUAACCACAUUCACUCAGUAACAAUAUUAAGUCUGAAUGCAACUGAAAAUCAAAUCUAUAUCUGCCCAUAUCAAAAUACACAUUGGUUUUGUACAUUUUCUACAAUGGAAGAAAAAACUACCUACUAAUAGACUAUCCCCAACACACAUAUAAUUUGAGUUAAACAGAUCUAACUUGCCUCUUCACUAAUUCUCAACACUCAUACUUUACCUUUAGUGUGAGGAAGACAGGAUUUUGGUCAUAAUAGUCACUACAUGCACCAGUCCAAUCUUAUUUAAAAAAAAAGAAGGAUAUUGCUUACCGAUUUUUUUCUCCAACUAUAUUCCAAUAUUGAAUAAGAUGGUCUGAUUGUAAGGCUGAAGUUGCUUUAGUUGUGUGUGUUAAGAAUGUGUAUAUCAGAGCAGAUAGGUGGCUAACAUAAGGCAGGAAAAAAUCUUGUUGGAGUACUGGUACUUUGUCUUACACAGUUAUGAUCUGCAUCUCAAUAUGUCCUUCAUUGUAUUUUUAAGAAGAAAUUAUAUAUGACUUAGAAACAAUGUCAACUUGCUCUGUAUUUUAAUGAGAUUUUUGACAGCAAGAGUCCUGACUGACUAGAGAAGUCAGUCGGUAACUCUACAGUACAUGGGAAGUGCCAAAUAGCCAGUCAAAUAAUAUUCCUAUGUCUGAGUAGAUAUUUUUUAGGAGUUGGUCUAUAAAUUCCUAAUGUAGGUACGUCUUAUAUUCAAUUUAAAUGGGUAAGAAAUGUUAGGGACCGAAUAUAUUGCACAAGAAAAUUUACAAAGAGUUUUAUACAAUUUUCUACAUAGCAAAGAUAAAUAUUCCCUAGCUUGACUUUAUUUAUAUCAAGGUGGAAGUCGUACCGUAUCACUUCUUAGCAAUUAGUUAUGUUAUCUCAGGCAAACUAUCCUUUGUCAGAAGUCAGAGUUAUAAAAGACAUGGUUUAUAAUAGAAAUAAUGGUGAAUCUUCCUCAGCAUUUAUGAUAUGAUGCAAUAAAUGCCACAACAGUUGCCAGAAAAACUGCUAAAAACAAGCAUCUCUUGCCUGUUGAGAUAAUAUUCAGAUCGUUCCAAAAUGUUAGUCUGUAAAAAUGUGUUAAGUUUACCAAUUGUUACUACUUUUGCACAGGCCAGAGUCAAAUAGAAUAUAUUUAUAAUGUAUCCGAGUAAUGGUUAUACGUUAUGGUAAUGCCGAUUUACCUCAGCGGGACAGUGACGACGUAGCUUGCAUGCAAAGUUUGGUUCACUGGAGACAUGGUGUCUAAAAUACUCUUUUUAGUUAUUAUAUACAAUACUCUUUUGUGUUACUCUUAUACAGGUCUUGAUUACAACUAUUGUGUGGUCGUGUAUGAUGAGCAAAAAUAUGAUUUGGAUAUACAGACUUUGGUGAAUAUUUUCUGGAUGGAACAAAUGGACGGGAAAUGUAGCACCUACUCGUCCAGCCUCCGAGGGAUUAGCAUGUGCCCAGUCGAACGUAAACAAACAUAUAUUAAUUAUCUCUUCUGAAGCAGAUGUACUGUGGCUUAUUUAAUUAAUUAUCACUUGAAAUUGGCUUCUACGGUACAUAUUUAAUUAUUUUUCAAGUAAUCUAGUGAAAAAAGAACGCAGAAUGAUGGAAGCAUUUUACCUACUGCAUCAGUUGUUGUUUUUGUACAUGUGUUCUUCCAAGUGGUUAUUCACAUGUAAGACUUAUAUUUACAGUAGUAUGAAGAAGACUAGUUCUUACUCAAAUUACUUCACAUCAUAUUUGCUGUCCUAGUCCACGCUAGUUAUGUUUAAGAGGAAUUAUUCUUGUUCUUUUUUUUAGAGGGGGGGAGUUGUAAAUUUAGUACAUACCUGUAUAAAAAGCUGAGUCUCAUAAAAUUAUAUAUGUAAGCCAGAGAUGAAUAGUGCAGAAUAUCUUUCAUCUUCACUUGAAAAUAUAUAAUCAGUGUAACAGUACAGUAGUACAUUUCCACCUACUGUACAGUAUUCAUAUUUAACUCCCAUUUGUCAGAAUAUACACCUCACAUCUAACACUGAGGUCUGUAUAAUGUACUGUACUCUAUGUACUUGUCAGUUUGCUUUAUACUCCUGCAGAGGUAAUGAUGUUGCACUCAAGGCCAUAUGGUAGCACUUCCCUCCUAUACUGUAUCGUGUUUGGUAAUGCCUAGUUACAGUUAUCAUUUUGUAUACUCUAAUUCUUUGUUUUGUAUCAAAAUUGAGGUUUGAACAUGUAUAAGUUUCAUAUAUAUACUGUACUGUAUAUGUUGAAUUUGUACAUCAACUGUUGAAGUGUUUUCCCUGUAUUAUAAAUCAUGUUAUUAUUAAUGGUACGUAUUCCUCUAUUUACGAACUUCGGUAUCUGAAAUUUCACGUUAAUGAAAGGGAUAAAUUGUGGAUUGCUUUUUUUAUAUACACAAGCAAUUUUCUUAUUUAUGAUAUUCAGUUUUUGGGUCAUAAUUGAUCCAUUAGUACAGCAGUAUAACAUCACCUGUUUCAUUGAUUAUUGUUUAUGCUCAUUCUCUCCAUUAUACAGUAAGUACCAAAAGGAGAUCAUCUUCAGUAGUUAUUACAGUAAAGAGAAGAGUCAGUCUGUUUUGUAAGUGAUGCAGAUAAGAUUAAACAAAGUGGUGAAACUACUGUUAUACCCUCGAGUGUACAUCAAGAAUGAGUACGUAAUGGUAAAGGCAGUGAAAUGUAAAAGCCCAGUAUAGUACUGUAUGGAGGAAUUGCAACAUCACAUCGCCUCACGUCUCUACUUCAGUCAAUGUGCACGUUUGUCACCAUGUUUUGGUCCGUUAUUGUUUUUCCUAACUAAAUUAUUGUUUUAUUAUUUCUGUGCUUUAUAUCACUCUAUCCUUAUUACAAUAUUGUAUUAUUCUAAGUGAAAUUUUGCAUAUCGUUAGGAUAGAAGAUUGUCCGGAACACAUCGCUAGUUUUCCCCCUGAAUUUAAUGAGAUUUUGGUACUGUACCCAUCAGCUAUUUUGGGAAUGUAUCCCUUUUGUAAAUAGAGGAAUAUUUGUAUUAUUAUUUAUAUUUAUAUUAUCAUUAUUAUAGCUCUUUUAACUUGCAUACUCUGUAUAAAUUAUACAGUACUUGUACUUACACUGUUAUGGUUUGCAUGUGUUGUAUGUGUUGAUGGAUUGGUGGAAACAAUAAUUUAAUUCAAAGCUUUCAGUCAUCUCUGGAUUGGGUUUGUCAUCUGGGAAGAUAUGAAGAAAUCUUUUUAUUUAUAAACCGAAAGUCUCUCAUUUAUAAUCAAAAGGUGGGUCUCUAUACACACAAGCUGAUAAAUUUCAAAAUGAACACUGUGACUCCUCUUGUCUCGGUAGGGUUAUCAAAAUUCUUCGUCUGUUGUCUUUUUUGUCUAACACAAAGUAGUAAAGAUACUACUGUAUUUGGUGUACCAUCCUCAUUGAACUGUAUGUGUGUUAAGGGGUAGUUUGACUUAUAGUACUUGGACAAGAAAAUUGUUAAGACUGAUGACUGCUGCUUCCUAACAUGAAAAUACUGUGCCCCUGUUUGACUUUGACCCCAUCUUAUGAUUUUUUAUCUUCAUAAUUUGGACCUGGGAGUAGUUUGUUGACAUUAACCCUGAUGUAAACGAUCAUUAAAAACCCUACACUGGUUCAGAAAUUAUAGAAUGGACACGAAUUAUGAGAUGGAUAAACUUACGAAUACUGUAAACAAAUGGACUGUAAAGCUGUGACAAAAUGCUCCUCCCUUUUGGAGAGCAUGGGAGAGUACAGUAAUCCUCAUCAUUGACGUCCCAGUCAAGAGGGAGUACUGAAGGCUGAUCUAGUCCAGAACUGCUGUGAAAGAACUACUUGUAUUAUUCUCUUGGUAAUGUGAAUAUGCCAUACAUUAAUUGUUGUUAUGAAUUUAUUAUAUAGCUCCUGUUAUCAUUAGGAACUGCAGGGUUAGCAACUGAAGGCUAAACAAUAAGGUCAUCAGUAUACGUGGAUGUUGGAUCUGCCUUUGAAAAUAUAAAACAAGGAAGAAAGGCAGUUAUUCAUAUAUUCUUGGCAGGCUGUGUGGGAAAUGGUUUUUUCCAUAUAUAUGAUGCAAGUCUCAAAUAUUAACCAUAAAUAUGACUCGUAUCAAGAGAGAUUUGAAUUAUCUUUGGAUACUUGAGGUACAUCACUUGUAGACGACAUUAAGGGAGGUAUAUUAUUGUUAGCUAAGCCUUGUGUGUGUCUGUGUGUGUGGUACAGCACAUUAAUCAACAGAAAUCCCUUGUACAGUAUAAUAUAAUUUCUUCACAGCGAAAGAUAUUUAUCAUGAUUGUCUCUUGAUCUCUCAACUCCUGUUUAUAUUAAGUGGAAGAUUCAUCAAGAUUAAGUAGAAAUUUAAACGGAUUCAUUAACUUUAUCCAAAAUCUUUCCUAUUCGAAUACUAAGUAUAAUACAUAAAAGUUUUCUGUACUUUUUAUCCUUCUCCAGAGGUUAAUGGUUUGUGCAUACAGUAACGCUGCCAUACCUUUCAUUUGUUACAUAUUAUUGUAGUUUUCUGAACCCCUAACCCAGACGUGUUAGGAAAGGUUGGCAUUUGAUGAACAGUAGUUGAUGAUGAACUUCUCAGCCCAUUUUACGUACUACUUCAGCUUUGUUUUUAUUAUUACUAUUCCUCGGUGUAUGGAAUGCUAAAGUAAACUGUCCAUAUUAUUACGUUUGCACGAUGAAAAACACAUCAUCAAUAUAUAUAUAUAUAUAUAUAUAUAUAUAUAAUAUAUAUAUAUAUAUAUAUAUAUAUAUAUAUAUAUAUAUAUAUAUAUAUAUAUAUAUAUAUAUAUAUAUAUAUAUAUAUAUAUAUAUAUAUAUAUAUAUACCUGUACGGUGUAUUUCUAUUCUCUAAUACUGUAGAUAUACUAUAUUUAUACUGUACUUACACACAGACCUCUUACUUGUGUUUCAAGUACAGUACUGUCGUCAUCUUGUGUAGUCCAGGCUGUAGGUCAAGUUGCAGAUGAGGGUAGUCAGGGGAGGCUGUGUUCCUUUACUUAGAUCUCUUACUUCUGAGGAAAUUGUCUCAUUUUUGUUCCUAUUAACUAUUUUGCAUCUAUGCCGGAGUUUUUCAGGAGCUUGUUUUGUAUUAAAGGUAAAUUUUAUAAGUGUGCCUCAAGUGUCCAAGUUUAAUGCUAGUCUUGUUUGUAAUGGAUAAACUGUACUGUAUUACAAAAAAUAUAUAUUUUUGAAACAAUGUGUGGUGUAAACUAAUUUUUGAUAUAUUUGAUCCAGUUUAUAAGGAGUUAGUUGCCUAAACCACAGUACAGUACUGUACUUAAAACAGGCCAGUGUAUGGCAAGGUCUUAUAUUUAAUGUCAUCUUCAUUAUUAUUAUCAUGUCAUGAAAUAAUGAAUCACCAGAUCUCAUAUCCAAAUAAUUAUAAUAACCAGGUGAAUAAGAAUCUUUUAUGAAUUAACUCUUAAUUUGGGGGAACAUUUUACUGUACAUACAUACUGGAUGUGUAGUAUACAUACAGUCUGGAUGGUAUGAUGGUUGUUCUCAGUCAUCUUUGGUGAGGAACACUAGAUCAUGCGGAUUAUGUAUUAUCAACUGUGUACUGUAUUUAGAAGAAGAUUUAGGGAUACUGUACCUGUAGUCUCACACCAAUAUUAAGUCCAUUAUUAUACGUGCAGACUUCAGACACCACAUGUAGACAAAGGCUUUAGGUCACAGAUGUUUACAAUCAUGAUCCAUAAUUAAUAUUGUUAAUACUGAACUAAGCAGUUGAUGUGGAUAGGUGCAGUGUUUUAUUGUAAAGUAAAUGUGACGUUCAAAUGUAGGAUGGUGUAAUGGGGGGGAGAGCCAGCCUGCUUGAAGAAAGAACUCUUCAGGACAGCAGACCUUAGAAGAAUAUUAAAUGGGUUCACUGGGAGAUGGUUAAGGCCAGUGUCUGUUCAUAGGGCAUGUAAAGAAUGAGCAUGAGAUUCAUUCAUGUGUCCAUGGAUUAUAUAUUUCAUGUACACGAAAGUAGUACUGUACUUGCCCUUUCUGACAGAGGUUAUCAGCUUUUCUUUUAUCUUGAGACUGAGGGAGGGAAUUGUAUUUAUCUAUAAUUGUUUCAUUUUCAUACUUAUUGGGUUAUAUGUUUGUGAGGAUUAGUUGCAAACUUUUUGGGGUUACACAAUUUCAGUACCACAAAAUAUUGAAACAUUAAUGCUAAUUUGUCUGGUUAUGUAAGCUAAUUAAACUUUUACUAGUAAAAGCAAUUGCAUCAACUUGAAAUAGCCAUCCAAAUGUGUAUAAACAAUGAAAAUUUCUGUAAUUCAGUGCCAUAUGGAAGGCAAAAGGUUCAGUAAUAUGGAUGAAAUAGUUGAUAGGUAGGAGGAGGUGAGAGCCACCUUGCUGUUUAAUAUAGAAAAUAUAUUAGAUUAUUGUAGACAUACUGUACUGUAUAUUGAUUAAGGUGACCGAAGCAAACCCUUCUUGACUGAAGAAGAAUAUUACAUAAACAGAAGUCAACAAGGAUUAGGUUCAUUGAAAUUAGCAGAAACGUUGUAAUGUUGAAGUUAUUGUGAAAUCCAUUUUCAAUAGCUUUCUUUUAUGUAUCACUGUAUGCAGUCUGCCCAGCCACAAAAUGUGGAAAAUUGGAAAAAAAUAAAUAUAUAUAGUAUAGUGUAUGUAUAUAUAUAUAUAUAUAUAUGCACGCUCACACACACAUAUAUAUUUUUACCAAGUUUUAUAAAUAUUGUAUAUUCUGAUCACCAAUGUUGAAUCAUAUUUAAAAUCUCAUUGGUUGUAUGAUAAUGUCACUAACCAUUUGAGAUUAAAAGACUGAUCCAUUUCAUGAUUCAUGUUCUUAAAAAUCAUAUACCCUGUACAUUAAGCACAUGUUUCAUGUAUAUUAUGUCAAUCUACCUGUACUGGCAUACUGUAUUACUCAAGUUAUUCAUUUAUCAUUAUAGCAAUACAAUAAUGUUGCUCAUAUAAUUACCACAUAGGUACUCCAAGCCUUCCUAUUAACAGCACUUAUUCACUUCCUUUCUUGAAAAUUUUUUCAUUAUACUUAAUGGGUCAUUACUGAGCAUGAGUAUUAGAAAAUGAGUUUAAUAUUAUAUAACAGCCCCUUAUUCAUGCAUGUACAUUAUAAUAGUUGUUAGACAGUGAAGGUGGAAGGAGAAAACCUCGCAUAGACGUAAGCUCCAUUCAGUUUAUUUUAUACAGUACGUACUGUACUACACCAUAAUGUACUACACUGUUUAACUUUCAUUCCUCUUAAGUCAAUUUUUAAUUUCCAGUAGACAAUGAGUCACAGACUUUAAGCUGUGAAUAAAACAUAUGCUGUUUACUUAGUUUUAUAAGACGGCAACCGUAAAGUUAGAAGGACCGAGUGUGGGGCCAUAUUAUGUCAGAUGCCUUGUGGCUGCAUGGGACAGCUAUAUUGGCUUCUGAAACUUGAUAUUUUUUUAGGAAUCUUGUUAUAUGAGCAUCUCAACUCUCACACCUAACCUGACUGACUGACAAUGACAACUUGACCUCUGUUUCACCGAUCAUCCAGCACCCUACCUAUAAUGGGGGGAGGGCUUACUAAGGAUUACUUUUCAUCCAUGUUUACUUCAAUAUGUUCAUUGGAACUUUGUGUUUACGUGGAUUAUUACUAAGUAGGAAGAGAUAUUUCAUAAGUUGGGAUGUAUCAGUAUAUUAAGGACGGUAAGAAGAUUAUGCACGUGAUAUAUUUUUUGGAUCUCAUUCAAAAUGGUAGACUGGCUGCAGGUAUAUUUUAAUCAAAUCUGGCACAUAUUUUCAAGGCAGUGAGGUUAUUGUAUUUGUCAAAUUGUAUUUUCAUCUUUAAAAUAGCAGAUUUCUGUUUAUUUAUUUUUGGUUAAAGCAAGUUGUUUAUGCACUGAAAAUAUUUUACCUAGUGAUUCAGAAUAACUUAUCAUUCAUUGUCAACAUUUUAUGGCUAUUGUUUACCUGACUCUCAGUGUCCUGCCACCAUCUUAAGUUUUUUUUUAUCAAUUUCCAAUGUAAUACUUGAACAUAGCUACCAUACAUUGUUUUAACUGUGUACUGUACAACAUUUCAAAAUUAAUCAAAAUCACUGCUAUUUUAACUGUGCCAUUAUAGUAUUCAGUACAGUACAGUACACCACAGUACAGUACAGUAGUGUACAGUACCAUUAUUAGGCCAUGUUCUGACCUUUUUUUGUGCAGGAAAAUGUUCUUUUAUUCAGACUGAAUUAGUUAUUUUUUGUUAUUUACAAUUAGUGUAUCUCACACCAUCUAUUAUUAUGCCCUGAUAGGUACUUGUGUUAAACUGGUACUGUACUGUAUGUGGUAUGUUAUUCUUGUCCAGUUUUAUCUUGUUUCACCCGGAAGUUGAUGUUUUUCAUAACACUGCUGUACAAUUGUGGCAAGUUACCCAAUUAUUCCAUGAAAACCAAUUUUCUAUUUAAAUUUCAGUGGUAAAUUUACGUUAUUAGAAUAGUAUGAACGUUACUGUCUAGAAUGAUUUACAAAAUCUAAACAGCCUCAUACUUUACUUAUAUACAAAAACAUUACAGUAAAAUCACGUCACUUGUGCAGAUGUAUUACACCAGUGGAACCAGUUUUAAACUUAACAUCAAUAUCAGGCAGUGGGUAAACAAGUCAGAAAUCAUGGUUGUUGAUUAGAUCAGUUUUUAUCAGUUGCAAAUGUAAGUGUAGUAUGUUGGGGGAAACAAGCCUACAAUUGGACGAUGUAAGAUGUGGAGAGUAAUUAACUUUAUUAUAUUCCUUGAUCUAGUUACUGGACGUGUACCUUAGGUAAUGUACUUAUGAAAAUAUCAUCAAAAUCAUUUUCAAGUAAAAGUUUUAACGUUGUCAGGGAAUUCACCAUGAUAUUUCUUUGCCUGUUAUGAUAUAAUCAAUUCUUGAUCACCGGAAGCUCAAUGUCAAAAGUGGACUAAAAUUUGUAGAAUGUAGGUAUGUUCAUUAUAAUGGAGUUGGUCAGGUAUCCCAAGAUAAUUCUCCAUGGAAGAUAUAUAUGGUAAACCCUUGUUGAACUGUACUGUGCUCUACUAAACUGGAAAAUAUGGAUAAACUGAACUCUAUCUGUAGUAUUCUAUGAAAAAUUGGAAAUUGGUAGAAUUUGCUGAUGCAAUAGAACAAGUGAUGAUCUGGUGUAGUGGGUUGCCACAUGUAAAUGUCACAUAUUCAUUUGAGCUACAGCUUUGCCCUGGGGGAUGCUAUAUGCCUGAGCCAGUCCAUUGUUGACAGUUGGUCAACAUUGACUGUGUAGUGAUAAUGUACCAUCUGUUUUUCUCUUGUGUGUGUGUUGUGCUCCCUCUAUCUAGUGGUAGUGGUAAAAGACCAGAGUGAGUGCAUGAGCAUACAAGCAGUGUUGAUUCAGCUAAACUGUGUUGACAUCCACUUCACUCGCUACACUUUGGGGUUUAAGCUGGCUAGCUAGUAUAAGUUUUAAUGUAAUAUUAUUGUAAUUGUUGUUCAUGUUUUUUGGAACAAUGAUUCAACACUAGCUAUAAAUGCUCAUUAAAUGGUUGAAAUCAAAUGCCUGUACUGUACUUAAAAGUUCAGAAAUUUGCAAAAUCCAUACCUCCAAUCAGUCCAGUUCAACAAAGGUGUAUAGUACUGUAUUACAUAGUAAGACAGCCAAGUGGAAACAGCACUCACUUCAUGUCUUAUGGGCUGUGGGUUCAUGCCUGGUGCUCCCUCAGUUGUAAUUGGGAACCUAACUUUACAAAUGUGAAAGUAAAGUCUAUUAGAAGCAGUGCUGGUCAGUCUGCCUACUUAUACAGUAUACUGAAGCUUAGUAUCUAGUGUGCUGUAUCUGCCCAGCCCUUAACCAUCUGUCAGGCCCAUGGGACCCAUGUUCACUGUAUAACAUUUACUUUACUGAUAAUUAUCAGUUAUCUUAGUCUUUUUUCAUACCAAGCUAAUUGGGCAAGGUUUGACCAAAAUGGAUUUGAUUGUUCCUCAGAGACUAUUUGGAGAUUUUGAAAUGGAAAACAUGUUUUAGCAUUGCUCUGGACAUACUCCAAGACAGUAGUUCCUUUUAUAAGACUGAACAUGUAUUUUGAACCAGAGGGCCACUGUUUCCGAUUCCUCUGAAUUAUCUUGCCUUUUUUAAAAUACUUCUUGGCCAUCUUUUACUAACUAAAACACAUGUCAAAAUUUUGUAACCUUUUGAAUAUUGUAACUUGCUCAGUCCAUCUAAUAUGAUCUUCCAAGAAUUUUAACUUUAUUUUUUUUAGUGUUGAUUGUUAGAAAACAGUACAUUACAUAAGAAUUAACAGAAAAGCAUUUGUAGAAAUAAAAUAAAUGUUUGUUAUAAAAUCAUAUUAAUUUACAAGCACACUAACAUUUACAUCUUUUGUGUCCGACAAGAACCUUUGUAGUUGGUACAAAAUCUGGAAUCAGUACCCUGUAUAGUUAAUCCAGGUGUUUAUGUAUACAUAAUAUACUUGUAGUUGUCCAAGAACUGAUAUGAAUACAUCUGCAUGUGAUUAGGAGGGCAUUAAUGCAAAUUUAAGGGUUAACAAGUCAAAGGUGAUGGGCUAGGGAAGGAACAUAGGACAGUGCACCCUGACAGUGUUCAAACUAGGUUUGUGUGGGACAGUCUCAUCCACUUUGACCUGGUAUCUCAUUUCACACAGAUUGAAACAGGAGCUGUGGGGACAUGUUUAUGACACUAGUACAGUACAGUAUUGGUUCACACAGGAUAUUGAUCACACAUUAUCUCCUUCUUGAGAGUUUAAACAUGGGACCAAUGGACUGCCAACCCAGAACAAUAACCACUAUGCCACCACACAUCACAUAUGUACUAAGAGGAUCUAUGCUCUACCUUGAAAUAUAAAUAAUGGUGUAAUAGCCAGUUAUUGUUGAUCUUGUAUGAGAACAAGUACUGUACUGUACUAAUCACACAAACACACACACAAAUAUAAUUGUGUUUGUUAGCAUUUAGCCAUGUUGAAAAAUUAACAUUAUUGUUCCAAAUUUAGGCUUUUAUCAUUUAUUCCGAGAGCCAUAAAACAUUUCCUUCUGGUUAAAUAAUUUGGACAUUAGGAGAAUUAUAUACUGUAUUCACUUUAACUUUGUGUCAUGGUGUUAAGAAACUGUAAUUUGGGUUACCAGAAAAUAUGAUGUAUUGUGGUUUAGGUGACAGAAGUGUUUGUAUUUUGAUGUACUGUAAGUAGACAUCAUAUAAGGAUUUUAUUAAUUGUAUUAGUGUGUUUCUUUUUAUGGCCUGUUAUUACCCAAUUUGGACCACAAUUCCUGGAAAGUGAUGUAAUGGUAGUUAAGAGUAAGGUUGGAGUAGUUGAGCAUAUUGGUGCUAGCUUUAUACCACGUGUUGAGUGUGGUGGGGUGUACGCAUGAAACUGUCGUCCUAGGUUUUGUGCCUUGUAACUUGUUGAUUUUCUCUCAAAGUCUGAUCUGUUGCUUGAAAUGAAGAAACAAUAAUAAAAGUUCUACAUUCCAUUAA